AUGGGAGAGACGUUCCGGCGAUACUCCUACUUCAACUACGGGACCAGAGAAGGCGGCAGAUGGCCAGUGGUACAUUUACACAGAGGCGAGCUCCAACUCCAACAAGGCAGGAAUCACUGUGCAUGCACCAUAGUCGCUUGCGCACCCACCCCGCAGGAGUUCAUCCUCAGCAGUGGCAUGUUCGACCCGGCACCAGCAAUGCGGCAGCUUCACUUCCAUUUUCUAAUGUUUGGGAGAUUCUUGAACGCGGGCGGCAGCUUGCGACUUGAGACUUUGAGCAGCAGUGGCUGGACACAGCUGUGGUCACGCAGCGGGCAGCAAGGAAAAGAAUGGGGCCUGGCAUUGGUGAGUCUACCGCAGGAUGCCAGGGCUGUGCGCUUCAUCGGCACCACCGGCGACGGUGCAAGGAGUGAUAUUGCUCUGGAUGCCAUCGCAACAGGGCUGCCAUGGCUGCCCACGGCGGAGUUUCGUCAGCUCUCCUGUGAUUUCAGUUUCGAUACCUGCCUUUGGCAGAACACUGGUGUGGCUUCGUGGCAGCUUGCUGUUGGGCAGGGGAAUGACGAUGGCCCAUUGCUGGAGGCCACAUGGAAUGGCACUCAAGGAGAACCAAUGUUGCAGACUUCGGUGCUGUUUAACACCACCGAGGAGAAGGCCUUGGUUGUUGACUAUCAGCUAUCCGGCUCGGAUUCUGUGGUCUUGGAGGUCCAGUGCCAAACCUCAGCUGGCGACUGGCAGCGAUUGCUGUCAGAGACUGGAGGCCGCAGCUCCGUUUGGCAUAGCGCCAUCGUCACCAUCCCUGCUUCUACGGUGGGCCUCCGCUUGCUUGCCAAUAUCACCAGCGAGGCAGAUGUUGUUCGAAUCGACACUGUCCAUGCAGCGAACAUUCUGCCCGACUGGCGCGGCAUCGCUUGUGACUUUGAGUCCGACUUCUGUGCUUGGUCCACCGGUGUGAACCCAUGGUUUCCACGAUCAGGGAGUACUCCUAGCUCAAGCACUGGACCUUCGAGGGCUGCAGAAGGUGAAUGGUACAUCUUCACAGAGGCCAGUGACAAUGCGAAUAAGGAGUUCAUCCUCACCAGUGACCUGUUCGACACGUCACCAGCAACCCGGCAGCUCCGCUUCAAUUUCCAUAUGCUUGGGGCAGACAUGGGCAGCUUGCGAUUUGAGACUUUGCGCAGCAGUGGCUGGACACAGCUGUGGUCACGCAGCGGAGAGCAAGGAACAGAAUGGCGCCUGGAAGUGGUGAGUCUACCACAGGAUGCCAGGGCUGUGCGUUUCGUCGGCACCACCGGCAACGACUGGAAGAGUGAUAUUGCUCUGGAUGCCAUCGCACCAGAGCUGCCCACGAUGGAGUUUCGUCAGGUCUCCUGUGAUUUCAGUUUUGAUACUUGCCUCUGGAAGAACGCUGGAGCCGCUGAUUGGCAGCUGGCCGCAGGACCAGGGCAUCAAAACGGCCAGUGGCUGGAGGCCGCGCAGAAUGGCUACCAAGCUUCAGAAUGGAUUUUGGAGACUGCGCGUGAGUUCAAUACCACAGAGGAGAAGGACUUAGUUUUCGAUUAUCAGAUGUCGGGCUCCGACAGCACCUUGGCUUUGGAGGUGCAGCACAGAACUUCAGCGGGGAACUGGCAACGCUUGUUCCUGAAGACAGAUGACCAAGGCAAUGUUUGGCAUACUGCUAUAGUUAGCAUCCCCGCCGCGAGCGUGGGCCUUCGAUUUGUGGCCAAUGUCACCAAGGAGAACGAUACUGUUCGCAUCGACACGCUCCUUGACCCGCCCGUUCUGAGCGACUUCAGGGAGGUUUCCUGUGACUUUGAGUCCAACUACUGUGCUUGGUUCAACGGUGUGAAGACAUGGUCUCCGCGAUCAGGGAGUACUCCUAGCGAAGGCACUGGACCUUCGAGGGCUGCAGAAGGUGACUGGUACAUCUACACGGAGGCGAGCCCAGCGAGCUCCAACUCCAACGAGGAGUUCAUCCUCAGCAGUGGCGUGUUUGACCUGUCACCAGCAACUCGGCAGCUCCACUUCAAUUUCCAUAUGCUUGGGGCAGACAUGGGCAGCUUGCGACUUGAGACUUUGCACAGCAGUGGCUGGACACAGCUGUGGUCACGCAGUGGAGAGCAAGGAACAGACUGGGGCCUGGCAGUGGUGAGUCUACCACAGGAUGCCAGGGCUGUGCGUUUCGUCGGCACCACCGGCGACGGCUGGGCGAGCGAUAUUGCUCUGGAUGCCAUCGCAACAGGGCUGCCCACGGUGGAGUUUCGUCAGCUCUCCUGUAAUUUCAGUUUUGAUACUUGCCUCUGGAAGAACGCUGGAGCCGCUGAUUGGCAGCUGGCCGCAGGACAAGGGCAUCAAAACGGCCAGUGGCUGGAGGCCACGCAGAAUGGCUACCAAGCUUCAGAAUGGAUUUUGGAGACUGCGUGUGAGUUCAAUACCACAGAGGAGAAGGCUUUAGUUUUCGAUUAUCAGAUGUCGGGCUCCGACACCUUGGCUUUGGAGUUGCAGCACAGAACUUCAGCGAGUGACUGGCAACGCUUGUUCCUGAAGACAGAUGACCAAGGCAAUGUUUGGCAUACUGCUAUAGUUAGCAUCCCCGCCGCGAGCGUGGGCCUUCGAUUUGUGGCCAAUGUCACCAAGGAGAACGAUACUGUUCGCAUCGACACGCUCCAUGACCAGCCCGUUCUGAGCGACUUCACGGUCGCAGGUUUGGAGGACAUAAGCUGCAACUUCGAGCACACAUCGUGCUUAUGGACAGGAGGCUGGAAGCGCCACAGCGGCCCCACACCAAGCAGUUAUGGCGACUUCACCGGCCCUAAGGCAGCUUUCCGGGGCGACAUGUACGUCUACACGGAAGGGCAUGACGUGGAAAUUGGCCAGGCAAAGGGUUUCUUAGGUGAAGAUGUCAUUUUCACGAGCCCGCGCUUCCCUAAGACCGCGAACACCUCCUACCUGGAGUUCGCCUACCAUAUGUAUGGUAGUGGCAUUGGCCUCCUGGAGCUGCAGUACCUGCAGGAACGGGAACGUCGCUGGACCACCCGCUGGUCGCGGCAAGGAUCCCAGGGAAGGACAUGGCUCCAAGCCAAGGUGACACUGCCAAGUGGCGUGGAAAUGCUAAGGUUCGUGAGCUCCGCAGAAAACUAUGAGGCUGAUGCAGCCGUGGACUCCGUGGUCGCUUGGUCUCCCCAAGAGCCGGUCCCCGAAUUCCUGAGCCUUUGCUCUGGUGGCUUCCAUAAUUGCGCGGUGCUCACAAGCACCGGCCAGCUGAAAUGCUGGGGCGGGUCCAGUUAUGGAAAACUGGGCUCCGGCGCUGAAAACGACGUGGGCAAUGCCCCGAACCAGAUGGGCGCCGCGCUGCCGGCCGUGGAGCUCCCGGAGCCGUCGCAGGUGAUGCAGGUUGCGUGCGGUUAUCGGAACACCUGCGUAGUUCUCCACACAGGCGCUUUGCACUGCUUUGGAGACAAUGGUUAUGGCCAACUGGGCUUGGGCCACAGCAAUAGCAUCGGAGAUGAGCCUGGGGAGAUGGGCAACCAGCUUCCACCUGUAGACCUGGGCAGCGGCGUGCAGGUGCUCCAGCUUGCUAUGAGUGUCAGCCAUUCCUGCGCGCUGCUUAAGGGCGGUACCAUCAAAUGCUUUGGGGAUGGAUGGCUCCUGGGUUUGGGAGACACAACGAAUCGUGGCGACGACCCCGAUGAGAUGGGCUCGGCUCUCCCGACCGUCGACCUGGGCAUGGACUUUGAAGCCGUGCAGCUGGCUGCAGGGACUUAUCAUACGUGUGCCCUAUCGAGCCAAGGCAAGAUCAAGUGUUGGGGAUGGGGGGCGUACCUCGGACUAGGCCUCUCAGGCGGAUGGGUCGGCACUGGGCCCCAGGAGAUGGGGGAAAAUCUGCCAUUCCUGGACUUGGGGCCGCUUCCGGCACAGCAGAUCGCGACCAAAUGGGAGUCUACCUGUGCUGUACUGGCUGAUGGCUCUGUGCGCUGCUGGGGGCUGAACGACAAGGGUCAGCUGGGAAACGCUGGCACAGAAUUUGCCGGCGACGACCCAGGCGAAAUGGGCGCUGCCCUUCCAGUGACCGAACUGGGCGAUGGCGUGGUUGUGCAGCAGAUUGCUUCCGGCAAUGAUCACACGUGCGCUAUCCUGCAAGAUGCGUCCCUAAAGUGUUGGGGCUGGGGAGUUCAUGGCCAGCUUGGACAAGGUACCUCCGAAAAUCUGGGCGACGAGCCUUCGGAGCUGGGCUCUAACCUGCAUGCCGUUGACUUUGGCAACCACGAGGUGCGGGCUGUGAGUGCAGGCUAUGCCCACACCUGCGUGUUGCUGGACGACGAUUCCACCAGGUGCUUUGGCUUCGGCGCUUAUGGUUCGCUGGGCCAAGGGAGCAGCCUCAGCAUUGGUGCUACGCAGGGCCAGAUGGGCGCGGCCUUAGCAGUCACGGAGCUCUUCGUGGUGACACUCGGCACAGGCUUGGAGGGCCUCAGCUUAUCAGGAGACUCCCAAAGCAUCCUGCAAGUGCAGCACGAGGGCGUGGUGGGCCUGAUCUGUGACGAUGGCUUUGACAGUACUGUGGCACAAGUAGCCUGCCGCGAUCUCGGCAUGGCUGGUGGCGUGGCCCUGACCGCGAAUGUGCACACCGGCAUCAUUCUGGCAGACAACGUGCGCUGCACCGGUGCCGAGGUAAGCCUACGUGACUGCAGCUUCCGCGGCUGGCAUUUGCAUGACUGCACUCAGCAGGAAGCCGCAGGCGUCCAAUGUCAGCUCGAUGCCUGGAGCGAGUACACAGCUCCCGGAAGUCCACCCGCACGUCAAGAUGCUGCCAUGAUAUGGGACGAUGAGACCGAAACUGCACUCGUAUUCGCGGGCCAUGCCAGCGCUGCCUUUCAUUACUACACAGAUUUGUGGCGCUAUGACUGGCCACAGAGGCGUUGGACAGAAAUUCUUGUGCCCAGCAUGGACCCCAAGCCCAAGACCCGGUCCGGGCACGCAGCUAUUUGGGACGGAGAGUCCAAGUCGAUGUUUAUCAUGGCUGGCAAAUACUUGUCCACAUUCUAUGAGGACAUGUGGCAGUUCAGCACCCUCGACAGCAAGUGGAGACAGCUUGGUGCCCUGGUGAAGCCAAGGGCUUACCAUACGGCCGUUUUAAACCCCACAGAGCGCACUUUGCUCUUGUUCGGUGGCGAAGGCAGCGGCCAGGUUCGCUCCGAUCUCUUGCUCUUCAGUCUUGCCGAUGUCGAGGGCCAGUGGAGCGAAUCGUCUGCUCCAAGGCCAGCACCCCGAAGCCGGCACACGGCUGUUUGGGCAGAAGCCGCAAGAAUCAUGCUGGUAUACGCAGGUUGGGAUGGCCAACAGUAUUUGCAGGAUUUGCAGUGCUACGAUGCUUCAGCUGACCAAUGGACAGAGAUUCCAGUUGCUGCAGGAUGGCCUGCUGCCCGAGGGGGUCAUGCGGCCUGCUGGGACCCAGUAGCAGAAAGCCUCAUGAUUGUGGGAGGCAUCCAGAAUGUGAGCAACACGCUGAGCUACAGCGCUGCGCUGUACAACUACAGUCUGCUCACAGGAACGUGGCGUGAAGAAGGCCUGCAAGUUCAGGGCCCAGCUGGCCGCACGGGCCAUGCCAUGGUGUGGGACAACGAGUCACGAGCGCUGCUUUUGUUUGGGGGUUACAACUCCUCAUACCUGCAACAGACGUGGCGCUACGCCGCAAGCCACACCAGCUCGCCUGACGUUGUCAGCUGCCAACUUGGCAGAAUCUGCUCUCUAAACUUCAGCGACGUCUCCGGUGCUUUAGCACCAAAACACACCUGCUCCGAUUCAGACUUUUUGACCGCGGAGCCCUUUAGCAUCUUUCAGGGCGCUGCGACACUUUUGUUUUUCGAGCCUGGGCAUCACCGCCUUUGCUGGUGCAACGCCAAUUGCACUCAACCUGAUGAUUUUGUCGUUGCCCUCAGCUUCCUCAGCGUGCAAGGGCCGUAUUUGGACCAGUCUGCCGAGUGCCAGCUUGGAGCAACUUGCUUAAUCAAGGCUUGGAGAGGAGUGGGCCUGUCAGUGAACGACAGCAUCAACAUGAAAAGUCGGUGCACUGAUGGGCACAACGCCACCUACCCUGAUCAACGCAUCAGCAUCUCCUUCAACACGUCCUACAGCUCGUAUGACUUGCACGUUGGCUUUCUUGAUCCGGAAAACAUCCUUCCGCAGGACGUGCAGCUGUGUUGGUGCCCAGCCAGCAGCCCUUGCAAUUUGGAAGAGGAUUUCCUUGUCGUCGCUCUGCGCCUGAGGAUUGCUUGCCCACCCGGCGAGUACGGCAACGGGUUCGGAUCGGCUUGCAUGCUGUGCCCAGAAAACUCCUUUUGCCCUGGUGACAUUGCAUUGAAUAACUGUCCAUAUGCGAGCACUUCGCCGGCAGGGUCAAGCCAACGUUCUGACUGUCUGUGCCUGCAGGGGCGCUACUGGAGUGCUGAGAGUGGCGCCUGUUUGGCGUGCCCAGCCGGAUCUUCGACGUCGCAGGUGGGUGCCACCAGCCUCUCUUCCUGCACGUGCACUCCUGGCUUCGCCAAUACGGAGGGCAUCUGUGAGGCAUGUGGAAUGGGCUUCUUCUGCACAGGAGGCUCCGAGAUGAGGAGGCCAUGUGAUUCUUCACAAACAACGCAAGGUACCACCGCCACAUCAGUUCAUGAGUGUGUCUGCAAGCACGGCUUUUUUUUUGAAGAUGGGCUCUGUGCCCCGUGUCCGUUGGGAUAUUUCAAGCCCAACAUCGGAAAUGGCGAGUGCUCAAAGUGCGGAGAUGGAACGUUCAGCAACAGCACGGGAGCAGCAGAGCCAUGCAAAUGUGCUCCUGGCUAUGGAUUCGAUGACACUUCUGAUAGAUGCAUGCUGUGCCCUGUCGGCGAGUACAAGCCCAUAGUCGGAAAUAUUCAAUGCAGCCGCUGCGCCAGUGACAAGUCCUCAGCAGAAGGUUCCACAUCACCCCUCGACUGUCGCUGCCGAGCCGGCUUGGCUGCAGAGGGCAGCUUUUGCAGGGAAUGUGUGGUGGGCUUUUUUUGCCCGGGCACAGGUGAGGAGCUGCGAUGUCCGGACAGCGCGACUUCCGGUGCUGGCUCCAGCCUGCAAACAGAUUGCAUCUGCACUCCCGGCUACUUCUUGACUUCAGGCAAGUGCGAGGCCUGCCCACCGGGCCGGUACAAGCCGACGCUGGCCAACGACUUGACUUGUCCGUUGCAGUGCCCCACAAAUGCUCUGAGUGCUUAUGCAUCUACCAGCCUUGCAGACUGCUUCUGCACAAGGGGAUAUUUCGCAGAAUUGGAUUCAGCAGAUUCGCUAGCGAGGUGUGCUAGCUGUGCCCUCCUACCACACCUGCAAUGUUUGGGAGGCUUUGGAACUCAGGCAGGGCUGCACAGGCUGCCUGUCUCUGGCCCGGGCUACUUUCAGACGGGAAUAACAACAGCCGUCAAGUGCAGCGUAGUUUCGGCCAGUGGCCUCAGCACAUGCCUUGGCGGCAGCAUAUGUGAGGAUGAGCCCUCCGACUCAGAAUGCGUUGGCAAAUACAAAAACGCUUGCAAUGAAGGCUCCACUGGCAUGCUCUGCGGGGAAUGUCCAGCUGGUUGGUCCAGAAGUGCUUUCCAGCAGCCCUGCCAGCCAUGCGCCGCUGGCGCAGCUCUGCCACUGAUCCUGUCUAUCCUUGUCGAAGUCGGCAUAAAGGCCUUGUUCAACUUCGUGGUGGCGUCCAUGGCAGCAACUGCAGCUGCAAGGCGAAGCACCAAGCUACACACGAUCCUGAUCCGCCAAGCCACCCAGUGGCUUGCCGCCUGCUCCGUCCUGGCCACUUUUGACCUGACCCAGAUCCCGCUGGACGCUGAGAUAGCCGAGUUCGCCGAGAACAACAACCAGCUCUUCCCAUGGCCUGCGCAGGUCACUGCAGCGAUGCUGGCCCUGUUCGAGACCUUUACCCUAAAGCCGGUGCUGACUUCCGUCGAUUUGGCCGCACAGUGCUUUGCCCAGGAAGUAUCAGCGCACAGCGCUGCACCACGGAUUGCCAUGGCGGUGUACCAGUUAGUCCUGCCUAUGCUAGUCAUGUUGACCGUCCUGCUGCUCUCCCUGGCAGUGGUGCACGUCCUUGUACCUCUGGGGCAGCACUUGGGCCACCCCUUCAACAAGCUCGAGCGAAGAGCCAAGGCUCUAAACAGCCUGCGCAAGGCGCUGAACCAGGUGCUGAACGUGGCUUCCGAAGCGCCUACUCUCUGGGCGGACUUGGAGCGAUCGGGCGUGUUGAGGCAGCUGCAGACACAGCAAAUUCAGCAGGCAGCUCAGGACCCCGACUUCUUCCUGCGGAGGGCCGCAGCCGGGUCUCGCCUGCUGUUGCUCCGCGCCUGCACAGCCCGGGCGUGCAGCCUGGCCUCGCCCAAAGCACUGCAGGCGAAGCAGCACCUUCCACAGGUGGACCUUUCAGCUUUCCUAAACCUCGACUUCGCCAGUGAAUCGCCAGACUUCACCACCAUGCUGGACAUUGUCUUGGAGACGGCAUGGGCCACAGCCCCGCAGCAGCAGCACUGCGGCAUCACCAUAGAUGGUGAGGAGAUUGUGGAGCUCGAGACAGAGAUACACCAGGGCAAUGGCUCCGAGAUCUCAGAGCUAGAAGCGGCUGCAUAUCCCGAAAUUGCUGCCAUGCAGCCGUCCACCGAGGACGUGGUGCCCUACGAGGAACAGCAGCAAACGCUAUCGCAGAGCGGCUUGAGCCUGAUGACUGAUGAGGAUGUGGAUUCUUUAAACUUCGGCCUAUUCUCUCCUGAGCCUUCCUUCAGCAAGCUCGCUUACCAGAGCGUGCCCAUCAUGUGGAUAAGCCUGCUGGCCAUGUGGCCCGGACUGCUGUCGAGCUUCCUUCGCAUGAUUUGGUGCAUCCCCAUCCUGGAGGAUGACGAGGUGGUGAGCCGCCUCCUGCCUAACCCUUCGGUCAUUUGUUGGUCCGAUGACCACAUGGCCUCUGCCAGACUUGCCAUCGUAGGGCUGGGUCUCUGGUGCUUCGGGAUCCCGGUGACAUUGGCUGCUCGACUGAUUUGCCUCCGCGACAGGCAGGCUCCCGAGAACUUCAGGCGAUAUGGCUUUUUUUUCCAGGGGUUGGAGCCACGGUUUUGGUGGUGGGACCUCCUCGUCAAACGCUUGGAUGUGGCGAUUAUGAUGCUGGUCACCUACACUUCGUUCGUGCUGGACCCGAAGGCGAAGCUCAUGCUGUUCCCGGUCCUCUCGGGCUUCCAGGUGUUUUUGGCCGCCUGGGUCCGACCUUAUGCGAACGAUCAGGCAGAGAUUCUCGAUGUCGUGGAGGUGACGCUUUCCAUGAUCCGCUUUCUGCUGUUCAGUACGGUGGCCUCGCUUCUGAUUCUGCAGCCGCCUGCAAACACCACGUACCCGGUGGCCUACAUGCUGUUCGCGGUUCUCCUGCUGGCUUGCGGCUACUUCACUGCGCACUUUGCAGCCCAGGUGCUCCGGGAUGUUGCGGUUGACUCCAGUCCCGUGCUGGCUCACUCCAAGUUCUCGAAAGUUUCAGGUGCCCUCAAGAGCUUCAUCCUCAAGCUGGCCCUGCCCUUGUUCACAGAGGCAGAGUCGGACUCGCUGCAGCUUUCCUGGUCCUUCGCGUCCGAGAAGAUCACGGUGACGACCCCAACUUCUGGUUCGAGGCAAGUACGCUUGGCUUCUUUCCAGACGGCUGCCAAGAAAUCACGCACCAAAGUAUGGCGAUCGCUCUCGCAGCUCAGCAAGAAAGUUUUGCGCCUCGGGCCUGAGUUCCAGCAGGCUGCCAUUUCGAAGGCCAACGAGGAGUUCGCCAGGCUGUUGCUGCAGCUCGGGCAGGAGGAGUUGUCUCCGCUCCGGCACGCAUGUGCUCUCGCAACAGCCCUGAAAGCCUUGCCUCCAUCACUCGUCAAAAGCCGCAUCCGCGACGUGUGGAUGCAGCAGCUUAAGGUGUUGGCACAGCAGGAUGAGCGCCUCACAUGCCGGCCUGUGGACUUGGAGCAGGCGGUGCAACAGCUCAUCCCCAUGCCUGCGGAGGAUGCCGUGGCCUUGAUCCAGUACGUUUCACACCUGUGCGAAGAGAAGGCACGCCAUUAUGAAGAGCUCUGA